AUGGAAGUGAAUGGUGAACCAGAUGUAGCUGGUAUUUUCAGCGCGGCUUUAAUGCCAUUGAAAGAUAUGAAAGAUGCAGAUAUUUUGGACCGGUAUGAAAUGAACAUGGCUGAUGGAAAUAUAACACCUGACGUUCUAGAACAUUUAUCUCAAAGAACUACACAGAACCAUAGAGAUGGUAUAUUUGGUGAAGAGUUUAGAAAGAAAGUUAGGGAUAGAGAAGGAAGAGAACCUAUUGUACAUGACCUUGCAAACGAAAGUUUACAAAAUGUCAUAAAAACUUACUUUGCAGACAAUGAACCGAGAAGGGAUGAAUAUUUAAGAAAACUCAAAUGGACAGUACCAAAUGAAAUGUUAGUAUUGAAAAAAAUGUUCCUUGACAAAAAUAAACCAACUACAGAAAUAAACGACGCAAGACUGAAAGAUUGGGUAGAAGCUUUCCCAUUCACAAAAGAUAUAGUUGGUAACAUGGAAAGAAAACCAGAAUGGCUACAAAAACAUAUAUUUGAAACGAGCUUAUUCCAUAUGGACAGGCUCUGUUUGAAGAGCUUGAACCGGAAACUCAGGAAAGAGUCAUGCAAACAAUACGCGAAGACUCAAAUACAAACUAUGACAAACUCUUUCUAG